CCCCCCCCCCCCCCCCUCCUUGUUAUAAGCCCGUUUUGCUGCCUCUGGGCUCCCACCUCAGCUCUUUACUCUCCAUCACCUUUUUUUUGCGAGCGAGAGGGCCAUCAAUUCGCAGAGAUGGGCAUCAUCCAAGAUGCCGCUGGCCAUCCCUUGGCCCAGCUGUACUUCCAACAAGGAAUUGGCGCCCAGAUCGCCAUUGGCGUCGCUGGCUUCGUCGCGCUCUCCGUCUUCGUCAAUGUCAUUCAGCAGCUCCUCUUCAGGAACCCUACCGACCCGCCUCUCGUCUUCCACUGGUUCCCCUUCAUUGGCAGCACCGUGAUAUACGGCAUGGAUCCUCCCAAGUUCUUCCGCGACAAUCGUGCAAAGUAUGGCGAUGUUUUCACCUUCGUCCUCCUCGGCAAGAAGACCACCGUGGCUGUUGGCCCUGCUGGAAACGACUUCAUCCUCAACGGAAAGCUCAAGGAUGUCAACGCUGAGGAUAUCUACACCGUCUUGACCACCCCCGUCUUCGGACGCGAUGUCGUCUACGACUGCCCCAACGCCAAGCUGAUGGAGCAGAAGAAGUUUAUGAAAAUUGCUCUUACCACCGAAGCGUUCCGAUCAUAUGUCCCUAUCAUCUCUCACGAGGUCACAUCGUACUUCAAGCGCACCGCAGCCUUCAAGGGCAAGUCUGGAAUCGUCGAUAUUCCCAAGAAGAUGGCCGAGAUCACAAUCUUCACUGCUUCCCACGCUCUUCAGGGCAGCCGCAUCCGCAACAAGUUCGACGAGUCUCUGGCCGAUCUGUACCACGACCUCGACAUGGGCUUCACCUCCAUCAACUUUGUGCUGCACUGGGCCCCUCUUCCCUGGAACCGCAAGCGUGACCAGGCUCAGCGUACCAUUGCCAAGAUCUACAUGGAUACUAUCAAGGAACGAAAGGCCCUCGGUGAUGAGGACAAUGAACUUGACAUUAUGAAGCAUCUCAUGACAUCUGUGUACAAGAACGGCACCCCCGUCCCUGACCACGAGAUCGCCCACAUGAUGAUUGCUCUGCUCAUGGCUGGCCAGCACUCUUCGUCAUCCACUAGCUCCUGGAUCAUGCUCCGUCUUGCCCAGAACCCCAAGGUUGUCGAGGAUCUGUAUCAGGAACAAAUCAACGCCUUGGGUGCCGAUUUGCCUCCCCUGCAGUACGAGGAUCUUGCCAAGCUCCCUCUGAACCAGGCCAUUGUCAAGGAAACUCUGCGUCUUCAUGCCCCCAUUCACUCCAUCAUGCGCGCCGUCAAGCAGCCCAUGCCCGUUCCCGGUACCAAAUAUGUUAUCCCCCCUACUCACGUUCUUCUCGCCGCUCCCGGUGUCAGUGGCUCCGACCCCAACUACUUCCCUAACCCCUUCGAGUGGGAUCCCUACCGCUGGCUGCCUGGCUCUCCCAACGCUCCCCUUAUUGCUGCCCGAAACGAAGAGGAAGAAGAGAAGAUCGAUUACGGCUACGGUAUUGUCAGCAAGGGCGCCGCUUCACCUUACCUUCCCUUUGGUGCUGGUCGUCACCGAUGCAUUGGUGAGCAGUUUGCCAACCUGCAGCUGCAGACCAUCAUUGUCGAGACUGUCCGCAUGUUCAAGCUGAGCAACGUGGACGGCAGCGACAAGAUCGUUGGCACUGACUAUGCUUCUCUGUUCUCUCGACCUCUGGAGCCUGCCGAGAUCCGGUGGGAGCGGAGAGAUUAAGAUGUUCAAAUAUCGCGUUCAAGGGGAAGCGAGGGAAAAAAAAAAAAAAAAGAAAGAUAUCCAAAUCAAAGUCUGAUUUGAAGUGGGCAUGCUUUACUGUACAUGAGAACCAUACGUCGGAGUUUUUUUUUUUUUUUUUUACUAUUAUCGUUGUUAUUACUAUUAUUACUUGGAUGGAAUGGGAGGAAAACAAUACGACACCAUGAUGGUAAAUGGCUACAUCAUGAUUGUAAUACACUACUACUACCUAAUUACGCCAGUAGAGCCUUUGAAUAGAGCUAGAAGAAAGAAAGAAGGUCAAAAUAAAGCAAAAAAAUAAUUUAUU